AUGGCGGAGAUAGUUUCAUGCGAGCCGGUACAAGACCUCAAACGACAAGCGGAACGUUGUUUGGAGUGUGCCCUUGAGGCGGAAGCCGAAGCACAGCGAAAAUACAGAAUGGCACAAGGAAAAUCAAGGAGUAGAGAGGAGAAACAAGCAAAUCCAUCAAAUACGUGUGGACCUAUAAAAGAAAUGAAAGGUAGCACCAGUACUAAAUGUUGUGAUGACAGUCCUAGGGUCCCAAAUCCUGCAGAUAUCAAUGAGAGCUUUCUGCAACAGGAACAACGCCUUAAACGUGAAAAGGAACAAUUAGCCGUACAAGAACAAUUGCGGAAAGUCCAGCAGGAACAAACAAAACAUCAGUUAGAGGAACAACGAAAACUAUUAGAAGAACAAGCAAGAGAAAUUCAACGACAGAGAGAUCUUCAGAAGAAACAAGCAUUGUUGCAACAACAGGAGCAACAAUUAAAGGUACAAGCACAAGCACAAAGUGCUAGAAUACAACAAUUGGACGCUGCUUCUGUGAGAUUAAAACAACAACAAGAAUUAUCAAAGGAUACUGUUUCUGUGUUGACACCAAGAGUUCAGGAGAAACAAACGGUUGCAAAGAAGCCAUUGUUGAGCGCUGCUGUUGCAAGAGUGACCGGUGUUCUUCGACAUAGUUAUCCUCUGGGAAGAAAUGGGAAAAAGUGCGGUACCAAACCAGUAAAACCCAAAUAA